AUGGAUCAGAACGUCCAAAUAACUUUUUACACGAAAUCCAAACAGUAUUCUGUUCCCUCCGCACCGAUUGCAGUACCACAACACACGACUGUUGAAGAACUCAAUAAUUUAGUCAAAGUUCUGCUAGAUGAAACCAGAGAGUCUAGGACAUAUCCGGAGUUUACGUUCCUCGUGGACAAUUUGAUUCUAACUUCAACUCUGCAUGAAUACCUAUCAGAAAAAGAAGUUAUAUCUGAAACCAUUGACAUUGAGUUUUGUCCAAAACAAGAACCACCAAAAUACGAAAGAGAAUAUGUACAGGAUGACUUGAUCAGCUGUGUCAAACGCUGUGAUAAUUACAUUCUAACAGGUGGUUACGAUGGUACAUUGCAUAUAUGGAGCUUGGAUAGCAAAAGUGCCAUAUUAUCUAUGGAGUUGGAGGAAAAGGUUAAAUGUGUAGAAUGGCUCAGUCUCGAUCAAACCAAAAAUGAGGCGGUUUUUGUAACUGGCGGUUUUGACCAAACAGCUCAGAUAUGGCACUGGGAUCUUAGUUCAAAUAAAGUUAAUUGUAUUGCUGUUUGUCGUGGACAUUCUGAAACUGUGAUGACCGCAGCCUCACGCUUCUCUAAUAAUUCUGAUACUCAUACAACACAUUUCGCUACAGGAUCUUGGGAUACAACAAUCAAAAUAUGGUCGGCAGGGAUUGAACCUACAGAUCUGUCUGAAGAAACAGGUGGUAUUGUACAUGUGAGGAAAUCGACUAGCAAAACACCUACUAGAAUCCCGUUAUUCACCUUAGCGGGACAUCGGGAAACUGUCACACGCAUUUGCUGGUUACCUUCCACUCUUACUAAUGAUAGCGAAAUAAAGCCUGGUGGAAACCAGCUACUGUCUAUCAGUUGGGAUCAUAGUCUACGUAUUUGGGAUUCACCUUUAGUACUCUCUGGAUUUCAAGGACACACAGGCUGGUUGACUUCAGUUGCUUGGGCACCUCAUAGACAAGAUCAGUUUAUAUCUGGAUCAAUCGAUCGUAGUGUUCGUUUAUGGGAUACACGUAAUCCUCGUUCCUCUCUAUAUGACUUAAUGGGACAUGCUGAUAUUGUGACAGAUGUUGAUUGGGCGCCUGCAAUUAAAUUACUUACUAAUGAUAAACCUAUACAUUAUAUCUUAAGUUCAUCAGCUGAUUCUACUGUAAAAGUUUAUCAUUAUCCAGAGUGA